UAGCCUGGCUGCGCCCCCCGCGCAGCCCGCCCGCCGUCAGUCAGCAGCCGGUCCCGCCGCCACGCUGCACGACCGCAGUGCGCCCUCUGCCCUCGCCGGGACGGGGGGCCCCGCUACCAUCAUGCUGCUCGCCAUCUACACGGCCCUGGCGGGUCUGCUGCUCCUGCCGCUUGUGGUGAAUCUCUGCUGCCCCUACUUCUUCCAGGACACGGGCUACUUCUUGCGGUUGGUAGGCUUGAGCCGGCGGCUGAAGAGCUACGAGCAGCGGCGGCCGGUGCGCACCGUCUUGCAGGUCUUUCUGGAGAAAGCGCGCCAGACCCCGCACAAGCCUUUUCUGCUUUUCCGCGAUGAGACAUACACCUACGCUCAGGUGGACCAACGCAGCAAUCAAGUGGCGCGAACGCUGCGCAACCACCUCGGCCUGCGCCAAGGAGAAUGCGUGGCGAUCUUCAUGGGCAAUGAACCGGCCUACGUGUGGCUGUGGCUGGGGCUGGCCAAGCUGGGCUGCGCCACGUCGUGCCUCAACUACAACAUCCGCGCUGAGUCCCUGUUGCACUGCUUCCAGUGCUGCGGGGCGAAGGUGCUACUGGCCUCACCAGAACUACAAGCAGCUAUUCAAGAGGUGCUGCCAAGCCUGAAAAAAGAUGAUGUGUCUGUCUAUUAUGUGAGCAGAACUUCCAACACAGAUGGGGUCGACUCUUUUCUAGAAAAAGUGGAUGAAGAGUCGACUGGACCUAUCCCAGAGUCGUGGAGAUCAGAAGUCACUUUUCUCACUCCUGCUGUAUACAUUUAUACUUCUGGAACCACAGGUCUCCCGAAAGCCUCAAUAAUCAAUCAUCGUCGCUUAUGGUAUGCAACCGGCUUAGCUACUCUAGGUGGGAUUAAGGAAGAUGAUGUCAUAUAUGUCACUCUACCCUUGUACCACAGUGCUGCAUUCCUGAUUGGCCUACAUGGGUGUAUUGUGGCUGGAGCUACUAUUGUUUUGCGGAACAAAUUUUCAGCCAGCCAGUUUUGGAAUGACUGCAGAAAAUACAACGUCACCGUUGUUCAGUAUAUCGGUGAACUGCUUCGGUAUUUAUGCAACUCACCCCAGAAACCAAACGAUCGUGAUCACAAGGUGAGAUUGGCACUGGGAAAUGGCUUGCGAAGUGAUGUGUGGAGAGAAUUCAUCAAGAGAUUUGGGGACAUUCAUAUUUAUGAGUUUUAUGCUGCCACUGAAGGCAAUAUUGGCUUUACAAACUAUACGAGAAAAAUUGGUGCUAUUGGAAGAGUCAACUACCUACAGAAAAAAGUCAUAUCUUAUGAGCUGAUUAAAUAUGAUGUGGAGAAAGAUGAACCUGCCCGAGAUGGAAAUGGAUAUUGCAUAAAAGUUCCCAAAGGUGAAGUCGGACUUCUGGUUUGCAAAAUCUCACAACAUACACCAUUUACUGGCUAUGCUGGAGGAAAGACUCAGACAGAAAAGAAAAAACUAAGAGAUGUCUUUAAGAAAGGAGACCUCUAUUUCAACAGUGGAGAUCUCUUAAUGAUUGACCGUGAAGAUUUCAUCUACUUCCACGACAGAGUUGGAGAUACAUUCCGGUGGAAAGGGGAAAAUGUGGCCACCACUGAAGUCGCUGACGUAGUAGGACUGGUUGAUUUUGUCCAAGAAGUGAAUGUUUAUGGAGUGACUGUGCCAGGCCAUGAGGGUCGAAUUGGCAUGGCCUCGAUCAAGAUGAAGGAAGACCAUGAAUUUAAUGGAAAUAAACUUUUUAAGCAUGUUGUAGAUUACCUGCCCACUUAUGCAAGGCCCCGUUUUCUAAGAAUACAAGACACCAUUGAGAUCACUGGGACUUUCAAACACCGCAAAGUGACCCUCAAGGAGGAGGGCUUUAACCCUUCAGUCAUCAAUGAUGCCUUGUAUUUCUUGGAUGACAAAGCAGAAAUGUAUGUGCCUAUGACUGAGGACAUUUACAAUGCCAUAAAUAGUGGAACAUUGAAAUUAUGAAUAUUCCCAGAAUAAUAACUCAUAAUAUUGCCAGAAAGAAAUUAAACAGACCUAAUAUAAUCCCUCUUUAAUUUGAUCGAAGAUUGUGAGGUGAAUUUUUAUGCAUUCCAAUAAGGGGAGAUUUUCUAAAUUACACCUGAGCCUUUGCAAGAGAAAAGAUUUAGAGAUAAUUAUUUUUCACUUUACACCUACUAUUUGUAGUUGCAAACUAAGCUUGUUAGAGGGAAGGCAUUAUUUUCUUUUUUAAUUUAUAAUAAAAUAAAUAAACACCAAUAUAUGA